GGACGGCGAGCAGCAGCAGGCGGCGGCAGCGGUGCCCGGGGCCCCGGGCGGGCUGCGGCUGAGCGGGGUCGCUCCCUCGUCUUGCGGCACGGCACAGCGCCGUACUGGGGCCCCGCGGGCGGAGCCGGCGGGCGGCAGGCUGGGAAUGGAGUGCAUAGUUUGGAUGUCAGCAGUGAGACAUCUUACCAAAAAAAAGCAUCCAUGGGACCGUUGUCUAAUCAAUGACUUCUAAGUGCAGGAGCUGUUAGUUUGGAAACAAGUGCUACAAGAUGCCAAGUGAGGUGCUUGAGAGCAGCAGUGGGAUGGAGGAGACCAUGCACAAAGAGAGCAAGUCUGGAAGCCAGAGCCCUCGCCGCGGCUCCAUGAGAAGGGCUGUGGCAACCACUGUCACCUUUGAUGGGGAAGCCACUAUGGACCGGAGGAAAAAAAAGAAGAAAGAGUCCCGUCCCGAGUCAAUAAUAGUGUAUCGGUCGGAGAAUGAGAAUAAGGUGGAAGAAGAACAGGUGGAUGAAGAAGGAGGGGAGAGGACCUCUGAGGAAGGCUCCAAGUUCCUGGGUCAGUCCAUGGCAGAUGGUGUCUGGAACAUGCCUUUAGACAGCCGCUAUGUCACAUUGACUGGAACAAUCACCAGGGGAAAGAAGAAGGGUCAGAUGGUGGACAUCCAUGUCACGUUAACGGAAAAAGAGCUGCAGGAACUGGCUAAGUCAAAGGAACCUCCUAAAGAGGAUGUACCUGAGAAGAAGAAGAAAUGUGAUGUUGGGCUGGACAAAGGACCCCACAUCGUCCUCUGGACCAUCAUCUGCCUCCCCGUCAUUUUUGUACUGUCCUUUGUGGUUUCAUUCUACUAUGGAACCAUUACAUGGUACAACAUCUUCUUGGUGUACAAUGAAGAGAGGACCUUCUGGCACAAAAUCACCUUUUGUCCCUUUUUGAUCAUCUUCUACCCAAUUAUAAUUAUGGUUGUGUCUUUUUCCCUAGGCCUGUACUCGGCUGUGGCCCAGGUAGCAUGGUCCUUUGGGUACUGGUGGCAUGCUGUCAGGGAUAUGGAGAAGGGCUUCUGUGGCUGGCUCUGCAGCAAGCUGGGUUUGGAAGAUUGUUCUCCAUACAGCAUUGUCGAGCUGCUAGAUUCUGACAACAUCUCAGGUAGUCUCUCUGGCAAGAGCUCUGCGCAGGGGGUUGAGACCUCAGCAGUCUGAGCCUUUGUCCUGGCUGACUAUUUUGGUCAUAUGCAAGUGGUUUUUCACCUAGAAAAAAACACACUGAUUUUUUUAUAUAUAUAUAUAUAUAUAUAUAUUUAAACACAAAGUUAAUGAAUAAAAUAUUGGGCUGGGAGUGCUCUUUAAAUGUCACAGAAUGCAAGUGUGCUAGCUUCACGUGGUCUGGGUGGGGAGGUGCAUGGCUCUCCAAGGAUUUAUCAUCUGUUUUAGCUAAUUACAACUUCUGGGAAUGGUGAGAAAAUCCAGGUCUGUGGGGCUCAGGCUGUUUGUGAAGUGGCAGAGAUACAUGCUGAAAAGUUCACUUCUGUAAAGUUAGACUUUAUUUUUCAGGAAUAGGACAUAACAGUGACCCGUUGACCCGGUGAAAAGAAGUCUCUACUCAGGGAAUGAACUUCAGGAGAUAGGAACCCAUUCAGAGGUGAAGGCUAAACUGCAAAAUGUGUUGACGUUCCUGCAGUUUUCCUAGAAAGGGUCCUUGUCCAGUCUUUCCAACAAGUGCAGCAAACUUUCCAGGUAGGCUAACUGCUUAGACACUAUCAGAGUCUGAGAAACAGACCACUGGAACAGUUGUGCCCAGCCUUUCACUGGCAGAGGACAGCAUAGCCUCCAGCAAAGGCACGUGAGCUCUGCACUGACCUGAAACACAGCCAUCACAUGGUGGAAGAGUAGGGCUUGCUCUGUAAUGCGGUGCAUGGGGACCUGAUGGGCCUGUCACCAAGCACCCUCCAGUGACUGUAGGUGCACAGAUAGGUGCUUAGGACACACCUGAAUUUGAUCUCUUGAUAGGUGCACUGCUAGGAGGGAACGGGUAAUGGGAGUCAUACGCGGUGUGCAGUGCAAACAGUUGCAUUAUAGGGAAGAAACACCUGCUCUGAGGAAGGGUGAUCAGUUUGCAUGUCACUGCAAUGCAGGUGUGGACCGGCGGCACCUGUAUUUAGGGAGGUGGAGUUGAAGGUGCUUGGGAUGGGAAGGUCUCACUGAAACAGUCAUUCUGUUUUUCAAGUCGCUCUUAUGGAAGAGCUGCUGGACCUUCCCUUCCAGAACAGGGGCAUCCCUGAGCCCGUGUCUGUUAGUGCUAGUGCAAACUGCAUUAGUGCCUCAGCUCUGGAAGUCUGUGUCCCCCCUACACUUCCUGGUUAAUUAUAUGGAAGUGCAACGGAUUAUACAUCUUCCUGCCCUCAUGUCUCAUUUUCAUAAUUGGUUUCCCUCCUUUUGGGACUUUGCAUGGCAUCUUAGUGGGCUUCCAGACCAGGCUGAGGUGGCCACCAUAGACUGGAGAAAUUUUAAUUGUUUCUUUAAAAAUUGACUAGGAGAAAAGUUCUUUUUCUGGAUUGACUCUUAGGGUUUUGUUCUGAGGAGGACAUGAAGAAAAUACGAGAGCUAUAACGAACUCUAACGGGGACUGAGUUACACGUCUGAAACAUGAUUGAUUUUCUGAGUGCUCUAGUUCAGCUGGUGCUGCUAGAAAGUCUGGCUCAGCCCCAACCCAGAGGAGCCCACCGUUUGCAUGCAUGUAGGUAGGUAAUUUGUAGUGUGCAGUCAGUCAGGCUGCACAGUCACUCAUGUCUGUAUAGGUGUUUCACUUUCGCAGUCUCCUUACCAGAGGGGGAACUGCUUUAGUUUUAGGAUGGUAAGAGAAGCAUUCAGAAGCUGGAUUUCACAGGAACUAAUGCUUCAUGUUGCAUUUCAAGGAUGAGCUCAAGACUACACUGGCUGUCUGUCCUGGUUAGGACAGCUGGGAACUGGUGAUGUAUAAACAAGCCCAUCCAAUCCUCCAGGCCUGACAUGGAGAAAUAAGUGAAGUCCCUGCUGCAUCCUUGUUCUGUCCCCUUCUGGGAGGUCCAGCCAAAGCAGCCUCUUAGCACUGGCUUGGGGAUUAACUGUGUGAAUAGUAUACAAGCCAAAUAUCAAGAGCAGGCUUGGCCCCACAAUUUACUGACAAAGCAGAGGUGCUCCCUGGGCACAGGUACAGCCAAGGCUGCAUUUGCUGCUUCCUGAUGCGCAGCUCAGUUUUUACUGGCUAAGUCUUUAAAGGCAAUGACCAACUUCCAGGAAAAAAAAAAAUAGACCCCAACCUUUGAGGCAAUGGCAGGUAAUUCAGUGGGGUUCAAAGAGGCUGACAUAUGCCUGGGACCAGUUCAAGCAGUGAAAUGCCUUUCACAGGGCUGUUUCAAUCAGGGAGCUUGAUAUGCCUCUGAAUUAAUACAGAAGCUGAGGAUAAGUCAUGUCAGUACUGACAGUCUGUAGUGACCCAGCGCAGCCACUCUGCUUAAUACUCCACAUGGAAAUCACAGGCUCCCACAUGGCUGGAGGGUGGGAAGAAGUGAUGCUUAACAAGCAUUAAUGGGAAGGCAGGCCCGCUGGCAAGUGUUCUCACGCUUUGCCUAGAGGGACACUGCUGGUGUGAAAGGACUGGAUUGUGUAUCUUGGCCCCAACAUGCAGCAAACAAGUGGGUUUGGGGGAAGGAUGGCUGGCAAGUGUGCAUUGCUGCAGAAGGAGAAAACCCAAUUCAGCUGUCACUGCCAAAGAGCAGCUGUUCAAGGCUAGACGAAAGGCUGGGGUCAGUAGCACAAAGAGCCUUCAGCUUACAGAGGGCUUGAAUGAUAAAUACUAGCUCAUUACAGAAAACAGCCAUGUGAAAUGUCUGCUGAGCUGCAGGAUUUGCUUUCAGAUUGCGAACAGCCUGCCAGAGCGGAGACAAAACCAAAUCUGUGCCUCUUACUGCUAUGUAGACACAAAGGAGCAUCAGAGAAGUUGUAAUACCCUCCCUCUGCCACGGCAGCUAUGCUUCUGGGUUUAGAGGCCACCUCUUUCAGGAUAUACUGGAACAAUCCAUCAUCUGUUUUCUACUUCUUUACACUUAACCAAGCUUGCCUCUGCUCCUGCCAAAGUCAGGGUGUUCUGCCAUUGAUUUUGGUGGGGCUAGUUUAAGCUUGGGGUUACUUCUGGUGCUAUUUGUAAAAGUUUUAAUCAAACUUUUCUCAAAACAACUCUGGAUAGCUUUCUCUCUUGCCUGUUAUCCCCCAAGAGCGGUUUGCCUGCUGCAAAAUAUAUAAUCAUUAUCAAUUGUUGUUAAUAGAAAAAAGCACAAGUUUUUGUCUUGUUCUAUCCCUGCUUUCAGAAACUCACAAGUAAUUUCUGCAUAUGUGCCACUGCCAAACUGCAGGGAAUUCCAGUUAUUCUGAUUGUUGAGUGUGUUUCUGGCUGUUCUAGUCUGGAUGGUUUUUUUAAGUAAAGAUAGUGUGUGUUUGCUGAUUGUUAUUUUUAAUUGCAUUCCCUUUUCCCAUCCUUGCUGGCCUGGGUGGAGAAUAAAGAUGUACAUGGCUUUAGAA